UGUGCGAUGGUUAAGUGUCCUAUUCAGCCAUGUUGUGGUUUUGAAUGAGGAAGAAGCGGGAGAUAAUAGUCUUCUACGAGUUUAUAUGCAAUUUAAAGUCACGUUAAGGAUAUAUAAACAAGUUAGGUUGUGACUCAAAAUGAUAACCGUUUUCCCGAACGCGUUGGUUGCGACUUGUCGCAUUCCUAUUGGAAUUUAUACAUACUUCCAUUAAUUAGCCGUGUUGCUAGCAACGUUAGCUAGCGAGGUAGUUAGCACAGCGUGCUAGCUAGGCAACUAGCUUAUUCUCAGCUAGCUAGCUAACGGUUAGCUCGUUUUGUGAGAAAGUAAAAUGAUAAUUGUAAGAAGUGUUAGCCUUUAAAAUAGCCUCAGCUAACCUGCCUCGGUUGAAUGAAGCGCAUUAGCUUCAUUUGGUUUGAUUAUAUUGACAGGUAGACUGAAAGCAGCUAUAGCGAUUUAUCUUUAAACCAGUGGCGUUAUUUCUAAAACUUUUCAGUCAUGUUGAAUAAAAUCUACGAAUGGGUCAGCUUUGGUAAUGUUCGCAAUGGUGUACCAGCUGCGGAGCACUCUGAUGCACACCGGGGAUCGGGAGAUGGUCCGACGAGGAGGAAAAGACCAAUUGAAUGUUUGGAAGAUGGACAUAACAUCGACCAAGAUGGCUUAAUCAUAAAGAAAUCUCGAAUGGGAGAUCUUAUUGACACAGUCAAGGUUGCAGCUGAAGGGGUUAAGAGUCACAGCUUCAGUGUGGCAACAUGGAUGAGGAACAAUGUGAGCCCUGCCUUGAGAAAUAUACUGCCAGCCUCCCCUGGUCCUCCACCUGGAGAACCUCAGCCACAGCCCUCUACAUCAGCAGCAGUCUGGGCUGGGAUGCCGAUUGUUGAAAGGAACUGUAUGGAUGAGACAUUCGCUGCUCCCUCGACAACUUUGGAGUGGAAAACAUCCAAAUCGGAAUGGUUGCGCAAUGAGAAGUCCAUCAUGGGAUCAAAAGUCUGUAGGCGACAAGUAUGCAUGAGUCCUACACAUCGUGAAGUGCCAAAAACAAAUGGGCACUCAGUCAACUUGCCACCCUCCAUCACCCCUAAACUGCACCCCCCUCCAAGGCUAGGCAGGCCCCUAAACCUCCGACCAUAUGGAACACCAAGUUUGUAUAGUGGGGUGGCAAACAGCUCCUGUACCAGCAUGUAUGAGAAGACCUUUCCUAUCAAAGUUGUGCAGAGCCCAACACACAGCACCUCAUCAGGGCGCAUGCACAAUGCCAGGCCCUGCAGCACAGCACAGGAGUCUGUCUGUGACGAGGAGAAGGAGGUCUACAGGCAACUUCUGACCAUGGUCUCUGGUGGUCAGUCGUCUUUCCUUCACAACGGCAGUUCACACGCCAUCGUGAGAUCACACAGAGAUUUCACCAGCUUCCUGACCACCAGCCGCAGACUGCUACAGUUCUCUUCCCUUAGUGGGUCAGCAGCAGGAGGAACUUCAGAGGGGCCCAGCAGCCCCCCCAGCCCCAGGGUGAUGUCUAGCCAGAGCUCUAGCAACCUCCCCAGCCCAGUGGGGGCCUCCAACAGGCCAGAGAUCCAGACGUGGUCUCUGGACAUGGACCUCAGCUCCAGCAGAGCAGCUCCUCUCACAUCAGCCCCAUCCCCAUCCGCUCUGCAGGAUAACUCCUCUCAGGACACACAAUCAUCAGCUCAUGAUGGUGAUUCGGUAAUUAUUGUAAAUGAGCAAAAGGGUAAAAAGCAAGACAGCUCAAGUGUGCCAUGUUUCCAAGCGGAGUUAUGGAUCAAAGAAUUGACUAGUAUGUAUGACUCCCGGGCGAGAGAAAGACGGAGACAGAUAGAAGAGCAGGAGGCCCUGGCUGCCCAGCUGCUGCGACAGCGCCUGUCUGAAGAGGGGCACCGUAGCCCAGAUGUGGAGGUCCACGUUCGAGUUCCUUUGGAGAAAGAGGUUCCUUUGACUCUUGUGAUAGAAGAACCGAAGCCCUUGGAAGAGAAACCAGAAUUCCCUGAACUCACAGAGGAAAUGGAGGCUGAGGUGAACAGGGGGCUGAGACGAGGUAAUCAUGAAGUUUUAAGUGAGGGUUUUGGUCUCAGCCUUACACGCAAAGACCUGCAGACACUCAGCAACCUCAACUGGCUCAAUGAUGAGGUGAUCAACUUUUAUAUGAACCUGCUGGUGGAGCGAAGCAAGGACCCCAGCCUGCCAUCAGUCAACACGUUCAACACUUUUUUCUAUCCCAAGCUGCGCAGCAGUGGCUACUCUGCUGUCCGCCGCUGGACCAAAAAGAUGGACAUCUUUUCUAAAGACAUCCUACUGGUUCCUGUCCACUUGGGGGUGCACUGGUGCCUCUCUGUGGUGGAUUUCCGUAAAAAGGCUAUAAUGUACUUUGAUUCCAUGGGAGGAAACAAUGAUGAAGCAUGCACAAUAUUGUUUGAUUACCUGCAACAGGAAAGUAAGGACAAGAAAGGCAAAGAACUGGAUACCUCAGGCUGGACUCUGCACAGCAAAAAGCGCAAUGAAAUCCCACAGCAGAUGAAUGGUAGCGACUGUGGAAUGUUCACAUGCAAAUAUGCAGAUUACAUUACCAAAGACAAGCCAAUCACAUUUACACAGAAACACAUGCCCUACUUCAGAAAAAGAAUGGUUUGGGAGAUUCUGAACCAUAAGCUGUUGUGAUAUCAGUAUGAGGAUUGUGAACUUGUAUGCCAUGACGAUGGCUGAGCUACUCUCAACAGCAGGAUCUACGAUCUACGUACAGUAGUCCUGUUCUGGGAAAGACUUGCACACCAGCUGAUCAGAUCAGGAACCAGCUCUGCUACUCUGCAUCCUCUACCGUCUGUCUAUCUCUCAACUGAUCUUAGAUGAUGGGAUGUUGCUGGAGCACCAAGCACUGCCUCCCAGUCCUUGUUUUGUUUUUUGGUGCACCCAUGGAGCAUCCGUAUAGCAGCUGAAACGCUGCAUGUUUUGUAGUGCCCAGCCAGAAUUGUACAGACUUGCAAACCAUACUCUGAGCUGCAAUGUUCAGUUUAAUGCAGACAUAUAAUGUUUACAUGUUUUGAUCUUACAGGGAGAUGAGCACAUUAUGCUGCAUCAUUUUUAUAACAGUAAUACUACAUUUUGGCGUCUCUGUCAAUGUUUGAUACUUUUGGUACGUUCAAAGGACGAUUUACUUUACCAUGUAAACUUUGAAUGGCCUCUAGUCUUAAAAAUAGUUUCUUUGUAUUUAGUCAUGAGACCUUUUUUCGUAAUAUGAACAUUUUACCUAAAACAGAACUAUUUUUGUAAUUAGUUUGAUUAAAAGGCACACAAGUCUUCAAACAUUGCCUCAGAGUAUGAUUUAUAACGAAAUAGAAUGUUUUACCUUGCCACGGACCUGCAAGUAUAAAAACAGUCUUAGUUACACCUUAAAACACCAGGAUAAAAAAAUGUAUGUUAGUCUUGAUAAAAUAUUGUAAAUUAAGGUUCAAAGUCUAUUUUAUGUAUGUCAGAUUCUUCUUUUACAGCAACUUUUGGGCACAUUCAGUCUAUUUUGAACUGUGUACAUACUUAAAACAUAUACUGGCUCUUGAACAGUGUAAUAUACUUUUUCUUUACGCAUUUCUUAUAUAUUUUUUAUCUAGAUUCAAGUGUGUUUUAGAAAAUAAAUUCUUGUAUUGUGACUGUUCUUUGUGAAUUACCUCAAAAUCAAUUGGUUUUGAUAUAAAAACUGUCACAUUUGAUAAACAUGAGAACCUGGCCAUGUG